UAUAUCAAAAAAUUUAAUACCAAAUUUCUGUUUUAAUUUUUUUUAUUUUGCUGCGUGUAGUAUCUACAGCCUCUCAUCUCCCUCUUAGUCUCUCUCGAUCUCCAGACUCUGCUUCUUCCGUCGUCAUCGAUCUGCUCUCUCUUCCUUAAAACGCUCCGUUUUUGCUUGUUUUCCGGUUUGCUUUCCUUUCAAAAACUGUUUCUCCUCCGAGAUCACAGCAGUUUCUAUAGUUCUUAUUGUUUUUACAGCUUUUUUCUGUGUACUGUCAAUGGUGUGUUUAUUUGUUUAUGUACUUAAUUAUGAACACAGCUAAAGAGACAUAUAUAUAUAUAUAGAUACGUUUAUUGUAGUGUGUGUAUAGAUUUGAGAAGUAGAGAUUUGUUGCAGUAGAGAGUUGACCCCGGCCAAGGACAGCUCGGGGGAGAAAUAUAGAUCCGCGUGGACAUGGAAACUAAUUUGAAUGGCGUGGAACCGUACCCCAAUUCCUGCUAUUUGCAGAAAUUCCGACUCUACGAGACUCGUUCGAAUUUUUAUAUGAUAGGAAGAGAUAAAAACAGAACCUUUUGGCGGGUUUUAAAGAUUGAUCGAUUAGAGGCAUCUGAAUUGAAUAUUUUGGAAGAUCCUGCAAAAUACUCAGAGAAUGAAUGUUGUGAACUCAUAAAGCGAAUACAUGAAGGGAACAAAUCAACUGGCGGACUUAAAUUUGUAACUAUUUGUUAUGGAAUAAUUGGUUUCAUUAAAUUUUUGGGACCUUACUACAUGUUGUUAAUAACAAAAAGAAGGAAAAUUGGUGCUAUUUGUGGCCACGCAAUAUAUGCUAUCAGCAAGAGCGAGAUGAUUCCAAUUCCACAUCCUUCUGUGCGGUCCAAUAUGACUAAUUCUAAGAACGAGAACAGAUACAAGAAGCUCUUAUGCACGGUGGAUCUCACAAAGGACUUCUUUUUCAGCUAUUCAUAUCAUGUCAUGCAUUGCCUUCAAAAGAAUUUAUGUAACAACAAGACUGGGCAAGCUCAUUAUGAAACAAUGUUUGUUUGGAAUGAAUUUUUAACACAAGGAAUCCGGAAUAACCUCAAGAAUACUCUAUGGACAGUGGCAUUAGUAUAUGGCUUCUUUAAACAGGUCAACCUUUCAGCAUCUGGUAGGGACUUUAAGUUGACUCUCAUUGCCAGACGCUCACGCCAUUAUGCUGGCACAAGAUAUUUAAAACGGGGUGUGAAUGAGAAGGGUAGAGUGGCUAAUGAUGUUGAAACGGAACAGAUUGUGUUUGAAGAUGUUCCUAAUGGAUACCCUGUGCAAAUAAGUUCUGUUGUUCAGCAUCGGGGUUCAAUCCCACUGUUUUGGUCCCAGGAAACUUCGCGAUUGAAUAUUAAACCUGACAUUAUAUUAUCAAGGAAGGACAAAAAUUAUGAGGCAACAAGACUUCAUUUUGAAAAUCUUGCAAAGAGAUAUGGAAAUCCAAUAAUUAUUUUGAAUUUAAUAAAGACACAUGAAAGGAGGCCUCGGGAAAGUAUACUCCGUGCAGAAUUUGCUAAUGCCAUCAGAUUUAUAAAUAAAGGCUUACCUGAGGAAAAUCAGCUCCGGUUCCUCCACUGGGAUUUGCAUAGAAAUUCCAGAAAAGCUACCAAUGUGUUAUCAUUGCUGGGGAAAGUGGCGGCAUAUGCAUUGGACUCGACUGGCAUCUUUUAUUGUAAACUUUCACCGAGUUUAAGACCCUUGGGAUUGAUCUCUCCCUACUCUGAGGAUAAUGAUGACAGGUCCUCUCUUGAUUACUCUUCCAAUGAUAAUGACUUGGAAAGAACUUCAGAUUCAGAGAUUGGGAACUUUGAUUAUGAAGCAAAUGGAAAUCAGAGUAUCCCAGCCCCAAAGUUUCAAAAAGGGGUUCUAAGAACUAAUUGCAUAGACUGUUUAGAUCGCACAAAUGUUGCCCAAUAUGCCUAUGGUUUGAUGGCUCUUUGUCGUCAGUUGCAUGCUCUUGGAUUUAUAGACGAUCCAUUUAUUGAUCUAGAUAAUCCAUUGGCGGAAGAUUUAAUGGGCAUUUAUGAGACAAUGGGUGACACGCUUGCACUGCAAUAUGGUGGUUCUGCUGCACAUAACAAGAUAUUUUCAGAAAGGAGAGGCCAGUGGAAACCUGCAACUCAGUCUCAAGAGUUCUUUAGAACUCUACAGCGUUAUUACAGUAACGCAUACAUGGAUGCUGAGAAACAAGAUGCGAUUAAUGUGUUCCUGGGUCACUUUCAGCCACAACAGGGAAGGCCAGCCUUAUGGGAAUUGGAUUCUGAUCAGCAUCAUGAUGUUGGAGGGCGUGAAUGUGAUUUAGUUGUUGAGGAUACUAGGUCAUUCUUUAAAAGAUCACUAUCAGAAGGCAAUAUUCUUCCUGAAAGUGACUCUCUUGUAGCAUCUGCAAGUAUUGGACAUAAUACGCCUUUUCCUGAAAUGCAGCAAGGAGUUAAUAAGGGUCUUUCAGGUUCAACGCCAGAGAUCUCAACCUGUGAAAGUGACAUAUCAUAUUCAAGGUGUACACCCUCAAUGCCUCGAAGGCAGCUCUUUCAUGGAAAAGACGAGUACUUCGAAACUGAACAUAUCUGCUACGAUGAACAUGGAGAUGCAUGUAACUGUUCAAAUUUCGUCGACUUAGACUGGCUUUCUUCAUCAGGGAAUUCUUGCGAAGAAGAUCCUUUUGACAGAUCAAUAGCUGGCCAAUCAUCAGAAUAUCUUGUAAAUGAAUUGAAAAGCGAAACAUCUGCCAGUGAAUCUGGAUCUAGCGUGAAGGGAAGAAAUCAAACUGCAACUGACCUUUCGUCGGAGGAUCUCACGGGUGUAUUUUCAGAGCGAUUUCAGCACUGGGUAACACACGGGGAGACACUUUUCCAAUCAUAAGUUGAUGUCCAUCAGUAUUUAUUUGAGAUAUUACCUCGUGAUCGUGAUCCCAUCCGAAGGAUGUGGAUUGCAGAACAGAGAAUAAACGGGAUAACACCCUACAAAAAAUUCUGGCAUUAAGCAACAGUGACUUGCGGUAUUUGUUCAAAUGUGUACCUCCAGAGUCCAGAAGGGUGAUGAUUGAGGCAGCACAAAAGCUAAUUCACUUGGAGCUCUCGACGACUCCAAUUUCUUGAGGCUCUAAAACCACAUAAUUAACCUUGUAUAUAUUUUUCAAAAUCGAGCUUAGUGUACAAUAUAGGCUAAACAAGCACCCCUUAUCAGUCAGAUGUUUUCAUUUAAUUACGUUCUAAGCAAUAGCAUUAAAUUCAACGGCUAAAUUUCUGUUAAA